CUUUGCAGCAAACUGUCUCGGUCCUAGAAGUAUAGGAAUUUGAUGAGUCAAACUGAAAAGGCCAGAUGGAACUGCCCCCAGAGAUUUCUGUCUUUCUUUGAAAGAGAGCAGAGGUCAUCCAUCUGACCAGGAACUCAGCAUAAAGACAAGGGAUCGGUUUCAUGAUAUAUAUAUACACAAGGCAGAAUGCUUUUGAAGCCAUUUUUCUAGUCUUUGUUCUGGAUUUACUGAGCUGUAACUUGAUCAGCACUCACGUUCCCAUGUGGUCAACAGGUAUUCUGGGACAAAAGCUCAGGUUGAUUGGCAAGAAACCUUAUCCUUAAAGUUUGAAGCUCCGGGUACUUUCCUGCAAUAGCUGUUCUCGGGAGUGAUCCUGACAUACCUCGAGACAUCACUGGGCCCAAGAACUUCCUGGAGCCCAGAAAUUGCUCACAGACAACAUGCAGGUGGCAUUCUGUAGACUUCGGACCCACCAAUGGUGCUUCAUCCUGUUUAAUGUCAUCCUAUUUCAUGCCUUACUUUUUGGAGCUGAUUUUGUGGAAGAAUACUUUUUGCAUUCUUUGCCUCAUGUAGAUAUGAAAAUUCUUGAAAUCAAGGACCAGGCAAGAAAAUUGAACAUGGAGCCCCAGAAAAGUAAUCUCUCCAAGUAUUACAUUCUUAAUCAGCCAGAAGUGUGUAAAGGGAAAAACAUUUUCUUGCUCUCUCUUAUCUUUAGUAGCCCAGGAAAUGGAACAAGACGGGAUCUUAUCAGGAAAACCUGGGGUAGCAUGACCAAUAUCCGAGGGCACCUUGUGGUCACAUUGUUUGCUUUAGGGAUGCCUGUUUUGGUAACUACUCAGAAAGAGAUAGAUAAAGAGUCCUGGGAGGAUAAUGAUAUCAUUGAAGGGAUCUUCUUGGAUAGUUCUGAAAACCAAACUCUGAAGAUGAUUGCCAUGACACAGUGGGCUGUGACUUUCUGUCCUAAUGCCCUCUUCAUUCUUAAGGUUGACGAAGGGGUGUUUGUUAAUCUGCCAGGCCUGGUGGAUUACCUUCUCAAUCUGAAAGAACACCUUGAAGAUAUCUAUGUGGGCAGUGUUAUCCAUCAGGGUGCACCCAACAGAGACCCUCACCACCAAGAAUUUGUCUCUCUUAGUGAAUAUCCGGAAAAAUACUACCCAGAUUACUGCAGUGGAGAGACCUUUGUAGUGUCCCAAGAAGUGGCUCGGAUGAUGUAUGUAGUUUUCAAAGAAGUCCCUGUUAGGGUGCCUGCUGAUGUGUUUAUAGGAAUGUGUGCAAAAUCCAUUGGCCUUAUUCCCAUGCACAGUUCAAGAUUCUCUGGGAAAAGACACAUCCGAUACAACAGAUGUUGCUACAAGUUCAUUUUUACAUCCUCAGAAACUACAGAUACUGAAAUGUCCCUGGCAUGGAAGGGAAUUAAUGAUGGGAAGGAGUGUGCACUGCUGGAGACUUACUAUGGGCUUAUAUCCUGCAAACUUCUGACGUAUCUUGAUAGCUUUAAACGUUCUUCCAUGAGCACCAUAGAAAGCAAUGUCCUGUAUGUUGAUGAUUAGAGCUUCUUUGUUUUCCUUAAAGGGUGUUGGUUUUGAAUUACAGUUAACCCCCUGGUAUAGAAAGCAACCCCCUGACCCCUUAUUUAAUGCUAUUUUCUGAAUAUUUAGUGUUACUUAGCAAAGACACAAAACAUUCUUGUGCUCUGAUGUAUUCAAUUUUCAUGAGAGCUUAUGUUAAGUUUAAGUUGGUGCGAUAUGAUUCUUUUGCAAAUAAAAGCCUUCUUUCAGAAAAAGAGAGAAUAGAGCUUUUAAUUAUAACCAGCUCUUUUUUAAAUUGAUAAGCAAAGAUUGUAUAUACUUGUGGUAUGAAAAAUGAGGUUUUGACGUACUAAUACAUUGUAAUAAAAUGUAAUAUCAAUUCUGUGAUGGUUAAAUUGAGCUAUUUGCUAUUUUAAUAUGUGCAUUGUUUCAUAUGCCUAUUAUUUUUCUGAUGAGAACACUUAAAAUCUACUCUCGUAGCAAUUUUCCAAGCAUGCAAUAUUUGACUACUAACUGGCAUUGCUAUGAAGUACAAUAGAUUUGAAAUUGUUACUCUUGUCAAACUGAAUGUUUUGGCCCUUGGACCUACAUCAAUUACAUCAGCCCAGACUGAUUACCAUUUUACUUUGUUUCUAUGAUUUGUGAUUUUAUAUUUCAUAUUCUGUAUAUAAAUGACACCAUGUGGUACUUGUUGUUCUGUAUUUCCACUUAUCUUGGAUAAUGUGAUUAAUGCAACAACAAAUAUGUGAGUGUGAAUACCUGUCCAAUAUUACUGAUCUCAUAUCCGCACCAGUAGUGAGAUUGCAGGGUCAUGUAGCAAUUUUGUUAUUUUUCUUUUGGCAAGCUCCAUGUUGCUUUCUAC